UUUAUUUUGGUCGCGAAAGUUUUUUAGCCAAAUUUCAUCACAGCUCCGUGAUAAAAUGUUGAAUAUCAAUUGUUACAAGCAAGCAAUCAACAAAUAUUUGCUAAAUUCCGUCAAGACAGUUGCCGUUAGCAGUCAAAAUACUGCGGUGCCGUCUUGUCACAAGCAGAUCCCCAGUCGACCGCUAACAAAUGUGAGUCGUCGCGAGCACAAAUUGUUUAAAAAUGAGUUGUCGGCUAUCAUAAAUUUGAUAAAUCGCUCGUAUGACAUCCCGAAGCCGGUGAUAGCACGUUUCCUUCACACGACCUGCGUGCGAAUGCGGGAGCCUUCGAAGCCGCCACGCGAUCGUGAACCCAAAGAACCGAAAAGGUCGGAACAGAAAGACGAACAAAGUAGCGGCGAUGGCAACGAUAACAAGAAAAACAACGAGGAUAAGGAGAAAAUGAUGUCGGUCGUAUCGAAAACGCUGAUAUGGAUGUUUGCGAUAUACACACUCGUAGCUUUUGCUUCACUUGUUCUGCGAGGCGGACAACGAGCUCCGAGUCCCGAUCAAAAUAUGGGUGUCAAUCGGUAUGUGUCGUGGAAUGAAUUUGUGCAUCAUAUGCUGGCAACGGGCGAAAUUAGAGAGCUUAUUGUGCGACCAGACAUGAAUAUGGUGACGAUCAUUUUGCAUGACGGAGCCAUCGUGAAGGGACGCAAGAUGUUAUCGAACGUUUUUUUCAUGGCGAUUCCCGAGUCGGACAAAUUUGAGGAGAAAUUGCGAGAAGUUGAGCGAAAAAUGGGAAUUAAAGACGAAAUUCAGGUCACGUAUGAACGGCAAUCGGCGCUGAUGGGACGACUUUUGUUCAGUUUGGUUGCUGCGGGAAUUCUAGUUGCUCUUCUAAGUCGCAUGAGCGGCAUGAAAGGACUUAAUAUGAUGGAUGGCUUUACUCAAAUGGGCCGCGCAAAGUUUACACUUGUCAAUCCAUCCGAAACAGGAAAGGGGGUACUUUUCAAAGACGUUGCCGGUUUGCAAGAAGCUAAACAGGAGGUUAUUGAGUUCGUUGAUUACCUGAAAUCGCCUGAGCGGUACCAACGUUUGGGAGCAAAAGUGCCAAAGGGAGCUUUAUUGCUCGGUCCUCCAGGUUGCGGCAAGACACUUUUGGCAAAAGCCGUGGCAACAGAAGCUCAAGUGCCCUUUUUAAGUAUGAAUGGCUCGGAAUUCAUCGAAAUGAUUGGAGGUUUGGGAGCGGCACGUGUCCGUGACUUGUUCAAAGAAGCGAAUAAACGAGCGCCGUGCAUCAUUUACAUUGACGAGAUUGAUGCCAUUGGUCGUGCCCGCGAACAAUCUGGCGCAGGAAGAAUGGGCGGCAGUAGUGGCGAGUCCGAACAAACGCUGAACCAGUUACUCGUCGAAAUGGAUGGCAUGGCAAGUAAACAGGGAGUUCUUAUGUUGGCCAGUACAAAUCGCGCUGAUGUCUUGGAUAAUGCUCUUUUGCGUCCCGGCAGAUUCGAUCGGCACAUAAUGAUUGAUUUGCCAACGCUCGAUGAACGUCGCGAAAUUUUCGAGAAACAUUUAUCGAACAUCGUGCUUGAGGAGCCUGCAUCGAAAUAUUCUGCGCGAAUGGCAACAUUGACCCCAGGAUUUAGUGGGGCAGAUAUCGCGAACAUUUGUAAUGAGGCAGCGUUGCAUGCGGCACGCACGAAAAAGAAAAAGGUCACGACAGAGGAUAUGGAAUAUGCUGUCGAGCGGAUUGUGGGUGGUGCUGAGAAACGUUCGCACUCGUUAUCGCCUGUGGAACGUCGAGUUAUUGCAUAUCACGAGUCCGGGCAUGCAUUAGUGGGAUGGAUGUUGAAAGAUUCGGAUGUUUUAUUGAAGGUAACGAUUGUGCCGCGAACCAGUUUGGCUCUCGGAUUUGCGCAAUAUACACCGAAGGAUCAGAAACUCUUUACAAAAGAGCAAUUGUUCGAUAAAAUGUGCAUGGCCCUCGGAGGAAGAGCAGCUGAAGCCUUAACUUUCAAUAAAAUUACGACGGGAGCACAAAAUGAUCUGGAAAAAGUGACGAGAAUUGCCUACGCCCAGAUUCGACAGUUUGGCAUGAAUGAUAGAAUUGGCCUAGUUUCAUUCCCAGAAGAACGUGGGGACGAAAUGGGAGACAAACCAUACUCAAAAAGUUUGCAAGCCUUAAUCGAUGAAGAAGCAAGAGCUAUGGUUGCACGUGCCUACGAUCAAACGGAGAAAAUUUUGACUGAACACAAGGAUAAAUUAAAAAUUCUUGCCGAGGCACUUCUUGAACGCGAAACCCUCAACUAUGAUCAAGUUGUCGAGUUAAUAGGUCCCCCCGCACAUGCUGCUGACAAACGCAAAGUUGAACCGAAGGAAUUCGAGGACACUCUCACAAAUUUAGGCAAAAAAGAAGAAAAUUAAAUUUAUUCAUCGUCAUCGCCGUCACUACUAGACUUAACUAAUGGUAUAAUUAGCAAACAAUUUUUAGCUUGUUUUUGUGUCCACCAUCGACCGAGUCGAUGUUCUUGUCCGACACACGCGACAAUUUUGUUACCACCAUCCAUGAAUCGCAAGUCGUUAAUAAAUCCUUCCACGGGAACGGAAAAGAGCUCCGUAAUUUUUGAAAAAUUUUCACUUAAUCGCCAAACGCGUAAAAAUCCAUCGCACGAUCCCGAUGCCACUAAAUCUGUGUUGAGCACUGUGGUAAUGGCACUGAUCCAAUUCGCGUGUCCCUUUUCUGUUGUACCAUGAGCGAGUUUUACACUCGUUAGUGGUUUCUUUUUGUUCACAUUCCA